AUGCAGGCGAAGUCUGGAGUGCUCUUGCAGCGCGUGACGCCUGCAGCACAGCCAGGAGGGCCGCCAGAGGCUGGCAGCCACCUGUGCAAGAGAGCGCCAAACGGCCUGACGGUGCUGCACGCUGCGGCGCUGGUCAACACCCGCGCUGCGGUGGCGUCCGCGCUGCUCGCCGGAGCUUGUCCGACCGCCGAGCUGGAUGGCAGCCAGAGCACAUUCCACCUGCACAUGCUGCUGGAUGCCUGCGGCAUAGAGCUGACCGAUGGCAAGAAGCCGAGCCGGUUCUACAGCCGGCUUCGUGGAGCAACUGCGCUCGAGACGGCCGUGGCGUUGGGGCAUGUCGAAGCGCUGGCCGCUCUGCUGGCUUUCGGCGCGGCAGUGCGGCGGCCCCGGGCCUUCUCGUCUCUGCUGGAGCACUGCCCGGCAGCAGCAAGAGACCGGGUGGCCAGCUUGCUGGUGGCUUCUCAGGCCUGCCCCUCUGCCCUGGUGCCCCACUGGCCAGCCAGCUACGGGGCAGCCGUGAGGGCGCUGCUGGGCAGCGCUCAUCGCACGCUGCCACACGAGGUGGUGCUGCGGAUAGCGGUGCUUGCUGCCGUGCCCCUCUCGGCUUGGUAG